UCAGAGAGCCUCAGGGGAGAAGAAGAAUCAGGAGAAGGGAGGGGUUUAAGGGAGGCCAUGGCGACGGCGGCGCGAUUCUUGCGGAGAACGCUGCGAGCAAGCGAGCCAGCGUCUCGGUUGUUAUCUAUCUCUUACAGAAGCAUAGUCGGGCGUGCAGCGUACACUACAGUGGGAAUAAUCGACGUUGGCCAACCAACACCCAAAUCUCAUCCUGAGUUAUUAGCUGAUGAGGAGAUUACUCCAGGCAUCACAAGUGAGGAGUACAUAUCUAGAAGAAAAAGGCUUCUGGAUGUUUUACCAGAGAAGAGCUUGGCCAUUAUUGCAUCUGCAGAUCAGCAGAUGAUGACUGAUGUAGUGCCAUACUCGUUCAGACAGAAUGGUGACUACCUGUACAUUACAGGUUGUACACAACCCGGUGGUGUAGCAGUUUUGAGUAAAGAAACUGGUUUAUGUAUGUUCAUGCCAGAUAAACAUAAGGAGGAUGUACUUUGGGAAGGUCAGACUGCUGGAGUUGAAGCAGCUGUGGAUUUCUUUAAGGCAGAUAAAGCAUUUCCACUUAGUGAGAUGAAAAAGAUCCUUCCUGAAAUGAUUGAGCAAUCAAAAGUGGUGUAUCACAAUGCUAAGGCAUCCACAUCUUCUUAUAGGAACUUUGAUGCCUUCCGCAGGGCAUCACUCAACAAUAAAGUAAAAGAUCUUACACGGUACACUGAUGAACUUCGGUGGAUCAAGUCAAAAUCAGAAAUCAAGCUGAUGAGAGAGUCAGCAUCUAUUGUUUCUCAGUCUCUUUUGCAGACAAUGUUACUCUCAAGGACCCACAGGGAGGAAAGCCAAUUAGCAGCUAAAAUUGAGUUUGAGUGCAAAAUGAGAGGUGCCCAAAGAAUGGCGUUCCAUCCUGUAGUUGGCGGUGGGGCAAAUGGCAGUGUUAUACACUACUCAAGAAACGAUAAGAAGAUCAAAACGGGUGAUCUUCUGCUCAUGGAUGUUGGAUGCGAGUACCAUGGCUACCUUAGUGACCUGACACGAACAUGGCCACCCUGUGGCAGAUUUUCAGCUGCCCAGGAAGAACUGUACAGCUUAAUACUGGAGACAAAUAAGGAGUGCAUAAAGCUUUGUAAACCUGGCGCAAGCAUUGAGGAGAUACACCGUCAUUCGGUCAAGAUGCUGAUAAGCGGAUUCCAAGAACUUGGAGUUAUAGGGAAGGGCAAAUCUAUCCAAUACAAUUAUUUGAAUCCAACCGCGAUAGGUCAUUCGUUGGGAAUGGAUAUUCAUGACUCCACAAGCCUCAGCAAGGACAGACUGUUGGAGCCAGGCGUUAUAAUAACCAUCGAGCCGGGGAUCUACAUUCCCCCGGUCCCGAUACUCAACGAGAAUGCCCCGGACAGGUACCGGGGCAUCGGAAUAAGGAUCGAGGAUGAUGUCCUCAUCACCGAGUCUGGCCACGAGGUCUUGACGGCGUCGGUGCCCAAGGAGAUCUCCCACCUCACCACCCUGAUGAACAUGGACAUGGGUGGUGGUAGUUCCACUGCGGAAGCCCAUGAGCCGAGAGCUGCUUGCAGCUGAUAGAUGGUGGCGAGAUGUCAAUGCUUGCAGCUGCUUACAUCCCAUUGACAUUUUUUUGUUCAUUCCCUUCGAAGCUGUAGGUAGAAACUGGAACCGUACAGAAAACCGGAACUCGGCUCCGGUUUAAGGAAAACCCUGUUUA